CGCGUGAAGACGCGAGAAACCGCCAAGCGAGUAGGCGAGAAAGAAAAGAAAACCUCUCUGCUAAUUCCUCCUCCUCCCUCGCGACGGCGGACCGGAAACCCUAACGGCGAUCCCCGACCACCCUACCCCUUCCUUCCUCCGUCCUUCUCCGGCAUUCCCCCUUCGUCCCCAUUCCGCCGGAUUUUUCGUUUCUCCAGGUAUCUAAUCGCCGUAUUCCCCCAUCUUUCGAUUUCCUCAUUCCAUCUGUAACUCCGUCGGCGAACAAAUGGGUAUAGGAGAGCUAUCCCCCGAGUAUAGAUUAGGUUGAAUCUCGCUUGCAAUUGGUUCUUCUCCGUUUGAAUUUGAGUUAUUGGUGGGAUGAACUGAUUUCGCGCUGCGAAAAGAAAUGGAUCUUCGCGAAAGCGCCGCCGGCAGUGGAGCCUCCGAGCUGCGGGAGGACAUGGAAUUCGACUCGCACGACGAAGCGUACUCGUCCUACAAAGAGUACGCGAGGUCCGUAGGUUUCGGGACCGCGAAAUUGAGCAGCAGGAGGUCCAGGGCGUCCAAGGAAUUCAUCGACGCCAAAUUCUCCUGCAUCCGGUACGGCAGCAAGCAGCAGUCCGACGACGCGAUCAACCCACGGCCGUCUCCGAAGAUCGGCUGCAAGGCGAGCAUGCACGUGAAGAGGAGGCAGGACGGGAAAUGGUACAUUCACAGCUUUGUCAAAGAGCACAACCACGAGCUCUUGCCCGCUCAAGCUCACUUCUUCAGGAGCCAUAAAAACAGUGCCACCGCCACUUAUCCCCUCGACAACGGCAGCGAUUCUCGCGUUCGUAGGAAGAAGAACGGCGGCAGCGGCUCUGGGUCCUCCAAAUUGUUUGGGGCGUAUCAGAAUUUGGACUGUCUCGAUGGCUACAUGAGGAGUCAGCACGAUAAAGGAAGGCGCUUGGUGUUAGAAUCAGGUGAUGCUCAGGUCUUGCUCGAGACGUUUACUCGGAUGCAGGAAGAGAAUCCGAAGUUCUACUACGCUGUUGAUUUGAACGAGCAGCACCAGCUGAGGAACUUGUUCUGGGUCGACGCCAAGGGAAUGGAAGAUUUCAACAACUUUGGUGAUGUGGUGUGCUUGGACACCACGUAUUUCACGAACAAGUAUCGGAUACCUCUGGUUCUUUUCGUUGGAUCGAAUCAUCAUGUUCAGCCGACAUUGCUUGGGUGUGGGUUGAUCGCUGAUGAGACGGUCUAUACUUUCGUUUGGUUGCUGCAGACCUGGUCAGUGGCUAUGGGGGAUCGAGGUCCUCGAGUUAUGCUCACCGAUCAGAGUAAUGAGAUCAAGACUGCAGUUGCAGCAGUCUUUCCGAGAACUCAACAUUGCUUUUGUCUCUAUUACAUCCUGGAGAAGGUCCCCCGGCAGCUCGAGUAUUUCAGCCUGUGGAAUGAUGCCUUCACUGUGAAGUUUCAUAAGUGUGUUUUUAAAUCAUGGACAGAGGAGCAGUUCGAGAAGAGAUGGUGGAAAUUGGUCGACAAAUUCCAUGUCAGAGAGGUGGAAUGGUUUCAGUCAUUGUACGAAGAUCGGCGACUUUGGGUGCCUACUUUUUUUAGAGAUGUGACCUUUGCUAGUCUCUCUGCAUACUCACGAGCCGAGAGCUUGAACUCUAAAUUCGACAAGUAUGUGCAAGGAGACACUUCGGUGAAUGAGUUUGUAGAACAGUAUAAAGCGAUUCUGGAAGACAUGUACGAGGAAGAAGCCAAAGCAGAUUUUGAUGCGUGGCAUGAGGUCCCCGAGUUGAAAUCGCCAUCCCCAUUUGAGAAGCAGGUGCAUCUCAUCUAUACACAUGAGAUAUUCACAAAGUUCCAGCUGGAGGUUUUGGGAGCAGCAGCUUGUCAUCUGAAGAAAGAGAGCGAGGAUGAGAGGACUACCACCACGGUGUAUGCUGUGAAGGAUUUUGAGGAUGAUCAGAAUUAUGUGGUGGAGUGGAAUGUUAAAGGAUCAGAGAUAUGUUGUUCGUGUCGUUCAUUCGAGUUUAAAGGUUAUCUGUGCAGGCAUGGCAUUGUAGUUCUUCAGAUGUCUGGUGUGUUCAGUAUUCCAUCAAAGUAUGUGUUGCAGAGGUGGACGAAUGCUGCUAGAAGUAGAAAGCCGGUUAGUGGGAAGUUGGAUGAAGUGCAGGAAAGGGUGAGAAGGUUCAAUGAUUUGUGUCGUAGAGCUAUAAUAUUGGGAGAAGAAGGGUCACUCUCCCAGGAGAGUUACAACAUUGCACUUUCUGCUAUUAGAGAGGGUUUGAAGCAAUGUGGGAGUGUGAAUCACUCUGGUGAAGAAGAGAAUGUAUCUGUCGAGAGAGAAUCUGAACCUCAGUUGGACAUUGUGAUAUCGAGCAACAAGGCUCCUCGAUUGUCAGAAACUGGAAAGGAGAAGGGAACCAAAGGAAAGCAGGUUGCUCAGUCGGGUGCUACUAAAAGUGUCAGAACACUGGAAGCUUUCAAUCUAGUGGAAAUGUCUGAUCUUAAUCCUGGGCAAUCACAGAGCAUGGUUCCGAAGCAAGUCCAGAAUUCGGUUCCAAUGUUCUUCCAUACCUUGCCACCACCGCAGCUCGAUAGUGCGGCUCAUCUACAUCAGGCCGCUCGACUUCACCGUUGACUUUCUUCAACAGUCGAAGAGCAAGUUGACAACUUUUUUGGUCAGAGUUGACCGCCAUGGGACUCCAUUUUGCAAGGUUGAGAAUUAAGCUCGAGGCUCGCGAUGUACAGUUCUUGCUCGAACGUGGGCUGUAGCCUGCAGGAUCUCGGGCUUACUCCGCGGCAUUUGAGAUCUCCUAGAGCUAACAUACCGAGAGCACAAAACACCAGCAAUGAUGGAUUUGGGUCACUAUGGUGUUGUUGCGAGUCGAUGUAAGUCGAGGCUGGAGAAAGGACUGCUGUGAAGGGUGGUCAUAUCAGUCCGUUUCGAGUCGAGUCGGUAUGGACUGGCUGCGCUUGAUCAGAAAGGCUAUAUAGGCUUAUAGCUAUGUCGACAACUGCAUAUGCCGUGUGGGGGAACUGCUGCAGCCAAGAGGGUGUUGAAUCCAUUACCAAAUUUGGUGCUUGAUUUGUGGAGCGAGCUGAUCGAUGGAGAACCGAGGAAAGAAGGAAGGUUCUCACAAGAGAGAGAGACAGAGCAUGAAUGGAACUUAAGUGUGGUUAAAUCUCCAUGUUUAACGCCAUGUCUCACUCACCCUGCAUUAGGAAAAGAGCGAAAGCAGAGCAGGUUGCGGGUUCCUAGGAUUCUGGGUCUCCUCCUUCUCCAGGUUGACUUCGGAUUUCCUGUUGUUGAUUCCCCCAGAUACUGCCUACUUUGUU